GUCACUGGUGGGUUUUGCCCGGAGAGGGAGGGAGAAAGAGCUCUACGUCAAACGUUAGCAAAGUUCGUUUUUAAAAAAAAAUAUUAAGUUCAAUUCAUUUAUUUAGUGGUUUGGAUUAUAUACCCCGUUUACUCUGCGAAAUUAACUGCGCAACAUAAGGUAGUUGAACAUGCCUUCUCUGAAGUACCAGCCUGGGGAAAAGGUGAUGGGCCGCUGGCCCGGCAGCAGCCUGUACUACGAGGUCAAGGUGCUCGGCUUCGACUCCAAAAGUCGCCUCUACACUGUCAUCUACAAGGACGGCACUGAGCUGGAGCUGAAGGAGCAGGACAUCAUAAGCUACCUCAGCUUCCAGGCGCGCACUCGCUCUCGCUCCAAUUCCCGUUCUCCUGGACGUCGCCGCAGCCGCUCCCGCUCCCCUGCCAGGACCACCCGCCGCUCGUCCUCCCGUACAGCCGCCGCAGCAUCAGCAGCUAUCACAGAAAGUGCUCCGUCUUCUCACGGUGAUGCAAAGCUCAAGCGCGCACCGGAAGUCAAGCUCAGCCCUCUGCCGCAGGAGAAAAAGCCAACAGAGAACAGCAGCAACAAUAAACACGAGAAGAAAGAGGAGAAUAACACUGCUAGCAAAGAGAUUCAGCCUGACGCUAAGGCGGAAGCAGAUCCAGAGAAGAACCUGGGCCGCUACAACCUGCGCCGCAGGAAGGACGAUGGAGAAGCCAAAGCAGCUGAGGCCAAAACAGAGCAGCAGGUCAAGGAGGCCAAGGCGUCUGCGGCGCUCGCAGUCACAGGCCCCACCCCCGCCUCCCCCCGACUGGACUUUGGAGGGAAGAUAGGAGCCUUCUUCUGGACGCUCUUCCUGCCGGCCUGGGUUCUGUUUCUGCUCCUCCAGGUCAACCGGAAGGAUCCCAGUCUGGCUAACUUCCCUCCUCCUCUGCCUCCUCUCCAAUCCUUCUGGGAUCCUCAAGCUCUCGGCUUUGUUGUCCUCUGGAUUUUAUUCCAGGCUCUGCUCUACGUUUUGCCUGUUGGAAAGCUGAGUGAAGGCGUGCUGCUGAGAUCAGGCAGAAGGCUCAAAUACAGAACCAACGGUUUUUUUGCCGUGCUGGUCAGCGCUGCAGUGGUGGCAGCAGCAGUGUACCAGGGAGCAGACCUCACCUACAUCCACAGCCACUUCCUGCAGCUGACCACCGCCUCCUUCCUGAUCGCCAUGCUGCUCAGCAUCUAUCUGUAUGUGCGCUCUCGCUCCACCAGCCCUGAUGAGCGGGCUCUGGGAGGAAACUCUGGUAACAUGAUCUAUGACUUCUUCAAAGGCCGUGAGCUGAAUCCUCGCAUCAAGGAGUUUGAUCUGAAGUUCUUCUGUGAGAUGCGCCCUGGACUUAUCGGCUGGUGUUUAAUCAACUUUGCCAUGGCACUGGCUGAGAUGAAGCAGCAGAAGCUGGACGCUCCUUCAAGUUCCAUGAUCCUCGUCAACGUCUUCCAGCUGCUCUACGUCGUGGACGGCCUGUGGAACGAGGAGGCCAUCCUGACCACCAUGGACCUAAUGCAUGAUGGUUUUGGCUACAUGUUGGCGUUUGGUGAUCUGGUGUGGGUUCCUUUCACCUACACCCUGCAGGCUCAUUACCUGGUUAGUCACCCCAACCCCCUGAGCCUCCCAGUGCUCUCAGCCAUCGUCACCCUCAAACUUGUUGGAUUCUACAUAUUCAGGAAAUCCAACUCUGAGAAAAAUGCCUUCAGGAGAAACCCAUCCGACCCCAGCCUGUCCCAUCUGAAAACGAUCCCCACGGCUACAGGGAAGAGUCUGCUGGUCUCAGGCUGGUGGGGAGUGGUCCGCCAUCCUAACUACCUGGGAGACCUCAUCAUGGCCCUGGCCUGGUCCCUACCAUGUGGCUUCAGCCACAUCCUGCCCUGGUUCUACAUGAUCUACUUCAUCAUCCUCCUGGUGCACAGAGACUCUCGUGACAUGAACGAGUGCAGACGGAAGUACGGCUCAGCGUGGGACGAGUACUGCAGAACUGUGCGCUACCGGAUCAUUCCCCGCGUCUACUGAGGAACCCAGAACCCAGCCCGGGCCUUUUUCCCUUCCCACCCAGUCGACUGACCCGUUUGACUUGUACAACAUUUUUUUUAAACUUCAUCUUUUUAAACCUUAAAAUCUGCAUUGAAGAAGCUUUGAUGUUUUUUUUUGUAAUGAAUAGGAAAAAAAGGACAAUUAUAUUUUGGACAUUUUGAAGAACUGCUUUUUUAAUAGAAACGUAUUAGAAAAAAUAAAAAAAAAGGAAAAAGUUUACAGAGGGAGGGGGGAUACAAAAGAAGACGCCUCUUGUUGGAGUUUAUGUUAGGACGUACUGUAUAUUUUUGUACAUACACAUUUGGGUUUUUUUAUACUUCAGAGAGCAACAAACCACAGGUAAAACCUUUGACCUUUCUCUGACAUACGUCCCUUUAGCGGCCAUUUUUAAACUGCUCCUUCCCCAGCAUGGCUGUGAUAAUAACUCCAGCCUGUGUAUAUAGUGAAGGAUGAUCUGUUCAGUGGAACUGUGACUCAUGUUAAGACUCAGGACUCCAAGCUCAAUUAGUUCAUUUUUAUUUUAUUUUUUAUCUAUAGAAAUCUAGUUUUUAACAAAUGAUAUUGAGGUUUUAUUAAAAAUGCACUAAUGGGUUUUUAUUUUCUUGCAUCGUCGUUUCCAAAGUGUGUUUGAUUGGCUUUGCUACCUCAGGGUCUCCCUCCCACUGUCCAGUUCUCCUCUCUCUGGGCCCUCCAGGUGGCGCCGUGUUUCAUAAAACCAGUGGAGCUUCUCCAUUUUAUCGUUUUAGAGUCGGAUGGUGCUAUCGAUCAUGAAUUGGUUAUAAUGACCCUACAACAUGGCUUCCACUAUCAUGGGUCGUACUUAUUGUCAGCUUUAUCUUUCCGGUCGGUGAUUAUCGAAUGAAGU